AUGGAAGACGACGGCCGGCACAAGCUGUGCGGUUACCUCUGUGCUGUCGUUGCAUUCCCUCCCGACGCCCAUGUUCCUCCCGGCUCGGUUUGCCACCUCGCCGGCGUCCCUCCAAACGCACACUUGGUGGCCCAGGACGGCGGCCGCUUGAACCCCAUCUCCAAAGCAGCAACGCCGCCAUCCUCGAAGAAGAGGUGGAGCAGAUUUGGGAUGGUCCACGGGUCCAUUAGCGUGGUCCACCAACUGGGUGCCCUCGUGGCUCACAAGUGCUUGAGAGUUGUGGGCCGAGUCGUGAAUGCCUCUCAGGCGGAGAGUGGGGAAAUUAGGGGCGUGGUGUUGGUGGAUGUGUACCUGCCCAUUGGGUUGUGGUCGUCUGGGUGGCAGUUCCCGCGUUCGUGUUCCACGGCCGUGGCCAUUUUCAAACACUUGAGCUGUGACUGGGAAGCUAGAAGCUUGAUGCUGACAUCUCAAAGAGUGGAUAGUGGUGCCAUUUGGAAUGUGCCAGAUUGUCAUGUCCUUGGCUGUAUGCUGCAUUGUAGUGCACCCGACAAUUUGAAGAAAAAAAAGCUUUUCGAAAUCCAGGAAAUUUUUGAGAGUUUACCCUGCGUGACAAAGAAAGCAGAUUGUGAUGGAGGAACAGGAGUAAAACCUGCAGAAUUAUCCGACGAGUCUGGUAUCUGGGUGCUGUCAGAUGAUCUUUUGAUUAAUAUUUUGAAUACGCUAAGCCCUGUCGAUCUUGUUAAGAUAUCUUUAACAUGCCAUCAUCUAAGGUACUUGGCAGCAUCAAUCAUGCCAUGUAUGAAACUUAAGCUGUAUCCUCAUCAGCAGGCUGCAGUUGAGUGGAUGUUACAGCGUGAAAGGGAUCCUCAAAUCUUCAAACAUCCUCUGUAUAUGGAUUUCGUAACCAAUGAUGGGUUUGAAUUUAAUAUGAAUAUGGUUUCUGGUGAAAUUUCCCCUGGUGUAGCUUCUACCGUUAGGGACUUCCGUGGGGGAAUGUUCUGUGAUGAACCUGGAUUAGGCAAGACUAUUACUGCCCUAUCACUUGUUCUGAAGACACAAGGAACUAUGGCAGAACCCCCCGAUACAGUACAGGCGAUCUGGUGUAUGCAUGAUGGGAAUCGUAGGUGUGGCUAUUAUGAAAUCAGUGCAGACAAUAUAACCGGGAUUAAUUUUUCAAAUAAUGACACACCUGUGGUGAAAAAAGCUCGCAGGGGAAGAUUAUCUUUAGAUGAACUCACCCCAGACGCGGAGCAAAAGCUGGAAUCCAUUGUUUUACGUUCCGGUAAAGGAAUGAAAAUGCACACACCUACAAGCUCAACAACAAGUGUCACUGUGAAGGGUAGCAGGGGCUUGACUAGUGCUAAAAGAAAUCUUUUGGACCCGGCUUUCACUUCUGAGAAAUGCUCUGAAAAAGGGAAGCUGGCCAAUAAAGGCCGAAAAAAGAGAUUUUUGGGCGACCAAGUUGCUUCAUCACGUGGUGUAUCAUUCAGUAGAAAACAGGAUCAGGAGAUGGUGACAUAUGAUGCAGAGUGUAACGAAACUUGGGUUCAGUGUGAUGCUUGUAGCAAGUGGCGGAAGCUCGCAAAUGCACUUGUCGCCAAUGCUUCCACAGUGUGGUUUUGUAGCAUGAAUAGUGACCCAUCAUACCAAAGUUGUGAUGUUCCUGAAGAAUCCUGGGAUUGUAAAGGAUUUAUUACAUACCUACCUGGAUUUUGUGCCAAAGGAUCCUCUGGUGGCCAGGAAGAAAAUAUAUCAUUUUUUACUGGUGUGUUAAAGGAACACCACACCUUGAUCAAUUCUGAGACAAGGAAAGCAUUGACUUGGCUAGCUAAACUUUCACCAGAUAAUCUUGCUGAAAUGGAAACAAGUGGGAUAGUGAGCCCAACUGUGGGCACGUCUCUGUUUGAUACAAGGGUUUCUCGCGACUAUCACAAAAUAUUUCGAGCAUUUGGCCUUGUAAAAAGAGUUGAACAGGGUUCUUUGAGGUGGUACUAUCCAAAAGGUCUUAGGGACCUUUCUUUUGAUUUGGAUUCACUUCGGGUUGCUCUGUGCGAGCCACUAGAUUCAGUUAGGUUGUAUCUAUCAAGUGCAACUUUGAUUAUUGUACCCUCAAAUCUAGUUGAGCAUUGGAGAACUCAGAUUGAGAGGCAUGUCAGGCCAGGUCAGUUGAGAGUCCAUAUAUGGGGUGAUCAAAAGAAUAAACCUUCUGUCCACAAUUUGGCUUGGAAUUACGAUGUCGUAAUUACUACCUUCAGUCGAUUGAGUGCUGAGUGGAGUCCCCGUAAAAAAAGUGUCCUAAUGCAGGUCCACUGGCUUAGAGUCAUGUUGGACGAGGGGCACACUCUUGGCUCAAGUCUCAAUUUGACAAACAAAUUGCAAAUGGCUGUGUCGUUUACUGCCACUAGUCGCUGGUUGUUGACGGGUACUCCGACUCCCAACACUCCUAACAGCCAGCUGUCGUAUCUCCAACCAAUGCUGAAGUUUCUCAAGGAAGAGAUAUAUGGGCAGCAUCAAAAAUCUUGGGAAGCAGGUAUCAUCAGGCCAUUUGAGGCAGAAAUGGAGGAGGGCAGGUCUCGUUUGCUGCAGUUGCUUAACAGGUGCAUGAUUAGUGCAAGGAAGAAAGAUCUAAAGGCAAUCCCACCUUGCAUAAAAAGAGUAACUUUUGUGGAUUUCUCCGAACAACACGCAAAAAGUUAUAAUGAGUUGGUAGAAACAGUUCGGCGUAAUAUUUUAAUGGCGGACUGGAAUGAUCCAUCUCAUGUUGAGAGUUUAUUGAACCCAAAACAGUGGAAAUUUCGGGCUACAACAAUAAAAAAUGUAAGGUUGUCCUGCUGCGUGGCUGGACAUGUCAGAGUAGUGGAUGCUGGCCAAGAUAUUCAAGAAACUAUGGAUAUACUAGUAAAAAAGGGUCUGGAUCCUAUGUCACAGGAAUAUGCUUUAAUAAAGUACAAUCUCUCAUAUGGUGGCAAUUGCAUGAGGUGCAGUGAAUGGUGCCGUUUACCCGUGAUUACACCUUGCAGGCACCUUUUAUGCCUUGUUUGUGUUGCUUUAGACAGUGAAAGGUGUCCAUUUCCUGGUUGUGGUAGCACAUAUGAAAUGCAGAGUCCACAAGUGUUGGCACGUCCAGAGAAUCCUAGUCCCAAGUGGCCAGUGCCAAAGGAUCUCAUUGAGCUACAACCUUCAUAUAAACAGGAUGACUGGAAUCCUGAUUGGCAGUCAACAUCUAGCAGCAAAGUUACAUAUUUAGUUGGGGAGUUAAAGCAAUUGCAAGAAAGUAAUAUGAGGACGAUUGGAUACCCCAUUGGCAAUAGUGAGGCUAUGUCGAGCGUGUUGAAUUUAUCCUCUGACAGUAGAAUACCAGUAGAGCAGGAGGCUGGCCUUAUGUUAAGAGAUGAACGGAGCCCAAUCCCUCCGGAGAAAGUUAUUGUUUUUUCUCAGUUUCUGGAGCAUAUACACAUCAUCGAACAACAGUUAAGCAUUGCAGGAAUUCAGUUUGUUGGGAUGUACAGUCCAAUGCUCACUAACGUUAAGAUGAAAUCAUUAACAACUUUCCAGCAUGACGCAAAUUGUAUGGUUCUGUUGAUGGAUGGAAGUGCAGCUCUAGGCCUUGAUUUGAGCUUUGUGACUCAUGUCUAUCUGAUGGAACCUAUAUGGGAUAAAAGCAUGGAGGAGCAGGUUAUUAGUCGUGCUCAUCGAAUGGGUGCUUCGCGUCCUAUUCAUGUGGAAACUUUAGCAAUGAGUGGCACGAUUGAAGAGCAGAUGAUGAAAUUUUUACAGGAUGGCAAUGAAUGUCGAAGGCUUCUGAAGGACGAGUCCGGUAUAAAUGAGCUGGAGGGAGGAGCACGAUCGUUUCGGACAUUACAUGAUUUUGCCGAGAGCAAUUACCUGGCUCGUCUAAGAUUCGUGCCAACUACUUCAAAGGCGUAA